GCUGCUUCCGCGACCGGGCGGCGGUAGCGGGGUGGGGGGCCGCCGGCGGCAAGGGAGGCUGUGGCAGUGACGGUGGUAGGAGCAGGUGCUGCCCUCGCGGAACAGCAGGGGGUCGGUGGCCGCUCGCAGCUCUGCGAAGGUGCCGGCCGGACGCAGAGUGGAACAGCUGCGCCACGGGUGGCAUUGUGUGUCCCAGAGUGCAGCAGCCAGUCCCAGAAGAGAGGCAAGGCUGAGCCCAGAGCACUGGGUUGCUUCAGCAGGGAAGAAUCCCUUCCCCCUGCUUCAGGCUGCUGAGCCCUGAGCAGCGCUCAGAAUGGAAGCCAUCGCCAAAUAUGACUUCAAAGCUACCGCAGACGACGAGCUGAGCUUCAAAAGGGGGGACAUCCUCAAGGUUUUGAAUGAAGAGUGUGAUCAGAACUGGUACAAGGCAGAGCUGAAUGGAAAGGACGGCUUCAUUCCCAAGAACUACAUAGAAAUGAAGCCACAUCCGUGGUUUUUUGGCAAAAUCCCCAGAGCCAAGGCAGAAGAAAUGCUUAGCAAACAGCGGCACGACGGGGCCUUUCUUAUCCGAGAGAGUGAGAGCGCUCCUGGAGAUUUCUCUCUCUCUGUCAAGUUUGGAAAUGAUGUGCAGCACUUCAAGGUGCUCAGAGAUGGAGCCGGAAAGUAUUUCCUCUGGGUGGUGAAAUUCAAUUCUUUGAAUGAGCUGGUAGAUUAUCACAGAUCCACAUCUGUCUCCAGAAACCAGCAGAUAUUCCUGCGGGACAUAGAACAGGUGCCACAGCAGCCAACAUACGUCCAGGCCCUCUUUGACUUUGACCCCCAAGAGGAUGGAGAGCUGGGCUUCCGUCGGGGAGACUUUAUCCACGUCAUGGAUAACUCAGACCCCAACUGGUGGAAGGGGGCUUGCCACGGGCAGACUGGCAUGUUUCCCCGCAAUUAUGUCACCCCGGUGAACCGGAACGUCUAAGCAUCAGGAAGAGAUUAUUUAAAGAAAAUAAAAUGUUUAAAACAAAAAAGAAUUAAACCCACAAGCUGCCUCUAACUGCAGCCUGUGAGGGAGCUUAGAACACCUGGCUGGGUCACCCUGGUGACCCUCUCACUUUGGGUGGAACUUCGGGGGGUGGGAGGGGGCGCUGGAUAUAAAAAUGCCAAAACUUACCUAUAAAUUAAGAAGAGUUUUUAUUACCAGUUUUCACCGCUGCUCUUCUUUUUCCUCCUUUAUCCUUUUUUUCAUCCUUUUCUCUUCUGUCCUUCAGUGCAUGAUGUUUAAGGACAUCGUUAGUCCUAGCUGGCACCAGUAAUAAAGACAAGAAACCAAGUGGGCUGGUAUUUUCUCUAUGCAAAAUGUCUGUUUUAGUCAGAAGGACUGAAGGAAGGACAACUGUUCUGUGUUCUUCAUAUAUACACACAAAGAGGAGAGGACAGGGCAGAUCGAAGCCAUUACUGCUUAGCUUCCACCAGAGGGAGGGGCCCAGAGGCGCCUGCCUUCCACCCAGGCCCCAGUUAGAAAUAGAGAGGGGGUGGAAGAGGGCAUGUUGUCUGCCUCCUUUGGCUUCUUGAGAAAGUCAAAUCAAAACCCAUGUCUCAUUUUUCACUUUGUUUUCCCUUCCAAAUGGUAUUACUGAGCAUGUUGUUUUUUCAUAGUGCCUUUUUCCUUAUUUUAAGGGUUGCUUCUGAGUGGUGUUUUUUUUUUUUUAUUUGUUUUGUUUUAUAAUAAGUUAAAGACAGUCCAGAGCUUUUCAGCCAAUUUGUCUCUGACUCUGUGUAAAUAUUUUUCCCUACAGGAGGGGGAAACAGGGUAGAGAAAAGGAGACAAGUGGAAGUGGAGGGCAAGGGGCUUCACCCGCCCAGAGCUAAGCCAGGCAUCUUAAGGGUUCAGCUUUAAUGUUUGUGAGCCCACAGGGUUUAAGGGAACCUCUGGCCCAGGGUGCUCUGUGACCAGCUGCCAGUGAAGGAGGGGAGGUGAGGCCGUUCCAUGUCUGCCUAGCUCUGGGGGCGUCAGGAGCCUUGCCCUUGUGGUCUCAGGUGUUGUCUGCCCCGCCUUCCCUCUACAGCUCCUCAGAUGCAAACCCCUAGAGUCAGCAAGUUUCAAACACAGGAAAGCUGGAGGAGAAAAUCUGCCUAAACUGUCAUGUUUUAGUUGUAGCAGGUUAUACCGUAUUCCUACACUGGGGAAGAAAAUGAGAGUGUUUCCUUUUUGUUCUUCUUGCUCUAAAGUUAGGUUAUGGCUGUACCUAUGUAUCCCCUAAACUGUCCAGAUAAGCACGAGGACAGUGUCAAGAAGCUGAGCAGUGUUCACAGUGGGCUGCUCCCUCAACCCCCUACAAGCGAAAUGUCCCAGAAACAGGGAAAAUUGGGCAAGGAAAGGUAGAUAGGAAGGCCAGGACCACUGCAAAGCUCUCUGUGUCUGUCUGCUAUCCACUUUGGGUCCCUCUUAAGGAUGUGCUUGUAAACUUCUCUCCACCUACUUCUCUUCCCACAACAAAAAUGAGGUUACUUCCUGGGAGUCAGGAAGAUAGCCUUGGGCCUUUGGGCUCCCAGGCUGUCCUGGGAGUCCCUGGGACUCUGGUUAUGGACAUGAACUCAGCCUGGAGCUCUGGGCAGUGCCUGGAGGUAGCUCCUCUUCUGGACAGCGCACAUCCCGCCCCCCUCGCUCCCUCUCAUUCUGCUUUUUUCUUCGCUGAUGAUAAAAGGAAUCUGGCAUUCUACACCUGGACCAUUUGAUUGUUUUAUUUUGGAAUUGGUGUAUAUCAUGAAGCCUUGCUAAACUAAGUUUUGUGUGUAUAUAUUUAAAAAAAAAAUCAGUGUUUAAAAAGACCUAUGUACUUACUCCUUUAACUCUGCGGAUAGCAUUUGAUAGGUAGUGAUUAACUGUGAAUAAUAAACAUACAAUGAGUUCUUC